UGGUCAGAAUAUGAUGUUAUCGUGGGUAAAACUUUCCCAUAUAGUUGAACUGAAAAACAGAUGACAAAUAUUUCGUGUUGAUUUUACCUUUAAAUGAUAGAUUGUGUAUAUGGAUUGUACCAUAGAUACUGAUGAGCAAAGUUCUUUAUACAUUAAAUAACAUUGAGGGUAUUUUAAUCGCGCUUUGCGUCCUUUCUUGCCAUUUGGGACAGAUGGCGCGGUUUCAAUCAUAUAAAAUUAAUGCAACGUUAAUCUGCUGUAUGGUUCGUUUUAAUCUAGAUACUCGAUGUCAAAAAAUGCCAUUGGAAAACUCCCCUUUAGCGUUGAUCUAUGAUUGUUAUUUCGCUUAGUAUAUUUUAAAUCAUAGUGGCGCAUUUGCGUCAAAUGUAUAAUGAAACAUACGUCGGUGCAGUAAAUACGCAAAAGAUCAAUGUGCCUCUAAUGGAAUACAAAUGAGAAAACAAUGAAUUCCGGUCUCUUGGUUUGAUCAAAAUAGAGCAGCACUAUAUAAAUGCCCUGUGUUGUACGAUUGAUUUUAGACUAGAUAUCGUUUGACGUUUGUUUGACAGCAUAUACGUUAUUGUCCAAGUUGGCUGACUUAAAAAUGUUAUUUUAUUAUUAUUAACAUUACAAAAGUUGAUUCUAUAUUAUACAGGAUUAUCCUAAAGCAGUAAAAUCGUGUGAAAUGGCUGCAAAAGUCAGACAACCAAGUCAUACAAAACCUUCAAUCAGAAAUUGGAUAUUUGUUGCUGGACUACUUUUCUGUAUAUUAGUUUUUCUGCCUACUUUUUCUGAAAGUGUGGCACUGAGGAAGUCUGACAGGGCCAAGUUUAAGAACUUAUUGACGACUGUGGAGAACAUGCUAAACGACGACCAGGCACUCCAGGAAAUCGAAGAUAAAAACAUAUACGGUUUGCAAGAUGACAGACCCGAGAUAAGAGAAACCAGACACAACAAAUUGUUUGUACCGGGGAUACUAAAAAGGCUCUACCCUUUACGACACCCCGCACAGGCAGAAAGUUACCUUGAUGAAGCACUAAAGAUGCUGCUUGCGGAUCAAGAGCAUCGUGAAAUAAUAUAA